GCGAAAGCGGUACCGGCGCGCGCGUCAGCCGGCCACCGCAGAGCACUGCCGGUGAUCCGCGCCACAGCGCAUUCAUAAUAUCAUUACGGUCCCGUCCCGCCGCUGCUGCCGCCGCCGCCGACGCUAUAUCGGCCGCUCAUGCCGGGCGACAUUGCCGUGACCGUCGUAUAGGAUAAUAUUAAUAAUAUAUUAUAUUGUUACGAUAUUGUGUAUAAUAUUAUAAUAUAGCGACUGCCGUCAUGCGGACCGCGCCGGGCUGUCGCCGUAGCAUCGGCGGUAGCAGUAGCGCCGCGUCGUCCGCGUCGCGUAUUCCCGCGGCCACCGGACGUUCAAUCGCCGUACCCCGCAACAGGGCGGCGUAACUGCUGCACUGCGGAUCCACGCCACCGGCCACCGGCUACACGCGACCAUGGACUGCAAACCGGACACUAUCGGGUUCUAUACCAUCGACCGGCGCAUCGGCAAAGGCAACUUUGCCGAGGUCCGGUUGGCCACGCACCGACUGGUCAGAAGCGAGGUUGCUAUAAAAAUGAUCGAUAAAAGGAAAUUGGAUGCAGUUAAUCUGGAAAAGGUUCAUCGUGAAGUAGACAUUAUGAAACAACUGGACCAUCCUCACAUCAUUAAACUAUAUCAAGUUAUGGAAUCAAAAGAUAUGAUAUAUAUUAUUUCGGAAUAUGCCAGUCAAGGAGAAAUAUUUGAUUACAUUGCCAAGUACGGUCGAAUGACUGAAGCAGCUGCAAGAAAAAAGUUUUGGCAAAUACUCUCGGCGGUUGAGUAUUGUCAUAACAGACACGUUGUACACAGAGAUUUAAAAGCGGAAAAUUUGCUACUUGAUGCUAAUAUGAAUAUAAAAAUAGCUGAUUUUGGAUUUAGUAAUUAUUUUACACCUGGCGAACAGUUGGCUACUUGGUGUGGAUCACCCCCUUAUGCUGCUCCUGAAGUUUUCGAAGGAAAAAAAUAUUAUGGUCCCGAGAUUGAUGUUUGGAGUAUGGGAGUAGUUUUGUACGUAUUAGUUUGUGGAGCAUUACCAUUCGAUGGAAGCACGUUGCACUCGCUCAGAGAUAGAGUUUUGUCUGGACGAUUUCGUAUACCAUACUUUAUGAGCACUGGUUGUGAAUCAUUGAUACGUAAAAUGCUCAUAUUAGACCCAAAUAAAAGGUAUACAGUCGAACAGAUAAAAAGGCAUCCUUGGAUGUUAGAAGAAGCGCCGAGACUUCUACCGGGCACGAUUGCAGAAAUGCCAGCAGAACCUAAUGAUCAAGUGUUACGGUUCAUGAGCAGUUUAGAUAUAAACACGACGAGAACUAGACAGUCGUUGCGGAAUCGGACGUACGAUCAUUACGCGGCCAUUUACUAUCUGCUGCUGGAGAAACUCAAGCAACAACAGUCGCAAGAGAACAGCGGCCACUAUCUGCAGGACCGGCGGCUGUCGGAUAAACUGUUCUCGUACGAACAGCCGCAGCUGUUCACCGGACACUCGAGCCCCAACAAGCGGGCGUCGAUCGACUGCCCGGCGGCCGGCCACCAGUACAUGCAGCCCGACCUGUGGAAACAGCCCAAAACCAGCGCGGCCGUGCACCUGAACAGCGGGCACACGCCGUCCAACCGGCCGCGGUCGUACAGCCAGGGCCGGGCCGUGCAGCAUUCCGUCAACCUGGCCGACCUGUGCAAGUCGCCGCAACAACAACACCCGCCGUUCAGAGAGCUGCCCCAGCUGCCCAAGUUCAAGGGCUGCAAACCGGACAACAAGAUCGACAUGGCGCCGCACGACGACGGCCCGAAAAUGUGCUACCACAACCGGUUGGAUCACAUGACCAUGAUGGCGCCGCAGUAUUCCACGUCGACGGACGAGGGCAUCGAGACGGACCUGGAGGACGCUGCCGCGUCGUCCAGCCCCACGCAACUGCACCAGUCGCACCGGGCCGGGGCUUACGGGCCCGUGGCCGGCGUCGGCGGCGGCCCGGUGAUCAAGAGCCACAGCCAGAACCUGGCGGAUCACCUGCAGUGCGCGGCCAACCUGCAGCAGUACGAGUCGGACCUGCAGGUGUCCAGCCUGCCGUCGUGCGCAAACGAAAUGAAGUAUGCGGCCGACUGCACGGCCAUCUGCUCGGCCGCGGCCGCGGCGGCGGCGGUGGCUGCGGCCAACAGCUGUCCGCCGGCGUCGUGGGACAGACGCGCCUCGUUCUUGGCGCACAACCACAGCUCGGCCGGCGACGGCGUCCGACCGCGCACCGCAGACAACAUGUCGCCGGUCAGCUUCCGGGAGGGCAGACGGGCGUCCGACGGGCUGAUGAACCAGAUCGACACGGCGGUCAUGGCCGCGGCCGCCGCGGCCGUCGCGAUGGUGGCCAACGCCAACGGGGUGCAGUCGUCGUCGCCCAGGUCGCCUCUGCUGCAGCAGCAGCAGCAGCAGUACAACGGCGGUCGCUUGCCGAUCGGCGGUGGCGGCGGCGGCAGCGGCAAACUGUUUCAGCUGCAGCAGGAAUGCGGCGGCGGCGUGCAAAAGGAACACGAGACGCUCAAGAUGCUGUACCAGAGCUGUCUGCCCAACGACGAACAGGUGGCGUCCAACCGGAAACAGUCGGCCGGCUCCGAGUACCGGUGCGGCAAGGACGUGCCGCCCAGGUCGCCGUCGGCGGCCAUGGCCAAGCGGUUCAACUACACGGACGGCUAUGCGCUGGACAAGUCCGGGCUCCAGCAACAGCUGUUCCAGCAGCGGUUGCUCCAGCACAAGCGGACCGCGUUGCACAAACAAGGGGCCGCCGCGUCGGCCGCGGCGUUCGGACAGUGCGGCGUGACGGCCGCCGACUUGGCCGCGGCCAACAAACGGCAGCACCACGCGCACCGGCAGCCCUCGCUUCAGUACAACAACAAAACCGUACAACUGUCGUCGCCCCAACACGGCGGCGGCGGCGGCGGCGGUGACGGCCACGGCCACGGCGGCGCGAUGCAAUUCCAAUCGGACGGCAGCUGGCAAUCGUUGCCGCACACCAUGGCCACGUGCCAGAUCAACGACUUCGACGGUCAGGCCAAUUGGCUGUCGGUGCCCGAUCCGCAACACCACUGGUACUGCACGUCCGGGCAGCAGUACAACUUCUCCAAGAAUUAUUCACAGCUCAGCAGUACGGUAAACGUGCCAAUGGGCAGUUCUUUGUUGGCGGCUAACGACGUGAUGUGGACAUCGCCAAGAUUACAAUCGCUGUCGGAAAACACUAUUUCGGAACUUGGAGAACAAAUGGAAUCCGGUUAAGUUCACGUUCUGUCAAGUUUGGUAGAUCCCAAAUACGUACGCGAACAAAAUAAUUAUCACACAGAUAUUAAGUUUAAGUAUAUUUUAUACAACACACACUCAAGUACUCAACAUUCAUUAGACGAGACAUCAAGUUUUUAUUACUAUAUUAGACAUAUUUGUGUUGGUUAUUGUUUUUAUUUUUUUUUUUAUAUAUAAAUAUGUUUUUGUUUUAAGUACAUUUUAGACUUCACCGACGAGUAUAUUUGUAAUCGAAACAAUCCCAAAUUUGUGAAAUAAAUGGUUUUUAAUCGUACCUAUCAA